AUGGGUCAGUCUUUAUGUGCUCCUGUUCUAUCCAAGGAAACGAAGAGCUGGCAGAAUGAAAAUUAUAGUGUUGCAGUAUCCAGCAUGCAAGGAUGGCGUGUACAUAUGGAAGACGCUCAUAUGUGUUUACUAGAGCUUCCUGGUGAUCCAAAGGCUGCCUAUUUCUCAGUUUUUGAUGGACAUGGAGGUACAAGAGUGGCAAAUCAUGCAAGUCGUCAUCUUCACGAGAAAAUUCUUGAACAAAUUGAAUAUAGUCGGAACGACAUAAAAGAGGCUAUUCGUCAUGCCUUUCUUUCUAUGGAUGCUGAGAUGCAAUCUGAAAUGACCACAUAUUCUGUUAAAUCAUCGGCACCGAAAUUAGACAGCUCAGUUAAUUUAACAGCUCCUGGUUCAGUUGUAGCAGUGAAAGAUAGUACUGUUGAAACCCACAAUGACAGUACAACAAGCUUCUCUUUGAAAAUUCCAAAUCCAGGUGAUGAAUUGGCUGGAUCCACUGGAAUAAUAGUCCUACUGAAAGAUCAAAUGCUUUACUGUGGAAAUGCUGGAGACAGCCGUGCAGUAUGUAGCAGACGUGGUGUCGCAGAACCUUUGUCUACAGAUCACAAACCAACUCUGCGUGCUGAGAAAGAACGUAUUUCUGCUGCUGGUGGUUGGGUCGAUGCAAAACGUGUGAAUGGGAACCUUGCACUAUCACGAGCUUUCGGGGAUUUUGUCUUCAAGCGUAAUCCACACCAGUCUGCCGAAAACCAAAUCGUAACUGCAAAUCCGGACGUUUUUGUUCGACGACUUUCAGUCGAAGAUGAUGAAUUUAUUGUACUGUGUUGCGAUGGUAUAUGGGAUGUAAUGACAAAUCAGGAAGUUGUAAGCUUUAUUCGUCUGCGACUCAGUUAUGGUAUGCUUCCAUCUAAAGUAUGUGAAGAACUUAUGAUGCGAUGUCUAGCACCUGACUGUCAUACAAAUGGUUUGGGCUGCGAUAACAUGACUGUCGUUUUGGUCUGUCUCUUACAAGGACGCCCGUUCUCGGAUUUGCAACGCAAGUGUUCUCGAUCGUGUCCAGCCGGUCCAGCAGCCGAUAUUUUAGGUGCAUGA